AUGACCGGCUUGCCACAUCACAAUCAAUGGAAUUAUCCAUCCACAAAUCAGCCACACUCCCUCCACCUCCCCCCAUCCACUCAACAAUUCCCCUUUCUCGAGCCAUUCGAUCCUCCCACUUCAUCCACUUCUUCAGAAGGCUCUCUAUCGGACACGGCAAUCUUCGGCGAAGUGAAUCAAUUGGGAGGAGUUUUCGUGAACGGUCGCCCGCUUCCAAUUAAUUUACGCGUUCGAAUCGUCGAGUUGUCUCAGUGCGGCGUUCGUCCGUGUGACAUCAGUCGAGAGCUUAAAGUCUCGCAUGGAUGUGUGAGCAAGAUUUUGGCCAAAUUUCACGAGAGUGGUAGCGUUUAUCCGGGAGCGAUAGGCGGAAGCAAGCCGCGAGUGACAACUCCCGAGGUAAUCGAAAGAAUUCGUUCACUGAAAGCCUCAGAUCCAUCUCUAUUUGCAUGGGAGAUUCGAGAGAGACUCAUUUCUGAUAGGUUAAUUUCCGCCGAAUCUGUUCCAUCAGUCUCAUCGAUCAGUCGCAUUUUGCGAAACAAAGUUCCCCGUUCAGUUGUUUCUUCCUCAAAUCAUCCAUAUUCUCAAAAAUGGCCUCACGAUCAAUUGCUACGACUUAAAGAAAAUUCUUCUCUUUUAUAUUUUCCGACAUUCGACAAUGAUCAAAAUGGCUCAAGCCAA